UUUGAAGAUGAAAGUAGUUACCGUUUGUCCCCCGUAUUUAUUUCCCUCAUUGCCCGUUAAAUAUUGGAUCGGGCACUCCGUUAGCACAGUUGGUAUAAUGCUGGACUGCACAGCGGACGGCCCUGGUUCGAUUCCCAAACUCGGCGUUCUUGAACUUAGGUCGUUGUGUGGAGUUUUUAGAGUUCUCAACCCUUUUGGCUCGGUCCUAACGGAGACGAACGUUAAUUUUGGAGAUCCCGCCUUUUGAAUGAUAAGGGCGUUUAACACAUCAACUUACUUACAAAUAUUGGAGUAAGCACAAAGAAAUAUAAUUUGUCUUCAAACUGUUCGUUCAAACUUCUUGUCACAGACUUGCUAGGGUACCGGAUCCGUAAUUGUGAGAUUGCAAGUUAGGGGGUUCGAGUCUCAGCUCGGUCCGAGGUUGUGUUCUUGAGAAAGGUACUUAACACGAAUGUCCCAUUUUGCUUGGUCCUUUCGGAGUUGGACGUUAAACCAAGAGAUCCCGUCUCUUAAAUAACGUAAACGGAUUGAUAGGGGUGUUAAACUUGUACCAUUCCACAUGUUCACAGAUAUGCAAGAGUUGAUGACCAGCUACAAGUUAUUCCACGACACUCUCGACAGUUUUGCGAAACAGCUUCCCUCACAUCUGACCUCCGAUGCCCCUGAGGGUCUCGCAAAUAACGUGGAUGUCUUGACAAACAUGUUGACCCCUACUGACCCACAUUUCUUUGAUGGAGAAGUAAAACUACUUCAGAAGAAGUUCAAUUGGGUUCGGCAAGUCCUCAGGGCGGUGUUGUGCUUAAGCUUCCCCAAAGUGAAGAAGGAAUCCCAUAGCUGGUUCGUCGCCGAGCGAACAAAAUUUCAGACACAAGUCGAUAUAAUCAAACCGAUUAUGGAACGUUUAACGCUGAGUGGAUCUGGCGUCAUAACUAUGCCCUCUGGUAUUGGUGGUAACAACACUGGUGUUCAACAGACCUCAUAUUUUAACCCUUUGAAACUGGAAAAGCUUAAACAGGCAUUGUUGGAAUGCUUACUACAGAUAGAGCAGGAAGAUGAGAACAGCACUUACACCUUCCAGUGUCCACGUCUAUGAAUACCACUUGCCACAUGUGUAUGUGACAUGGCUACUCUUAGAUAAGAUAACAUAAGUAUAAUCUUUACUGUCCAGACCCUAGCCAUUUCUUUGGUUUUUGCACAAACACACACACACACACACACACACACACACACACACACACACACACACACAUACAUACAUACA